AUGGUUGCGAAACUGCAUUCGGUGAAUUUUGAGGAAGCUUUGAACAUGACAGGAUUUGGCAAGUUCAACUUCUUGUUGCAGUUGGUCCACAUAAGUUUGAUUAUGGGGAUGGCUUUUGAGAUCAUGUCAGUAGCUUAUUUAGUACCUGCGAGUGCUUGUGAGUUGAUGACUACUAACUUCCAGCAAGGGUUUAUGGCUGGGAUGCCUUUUUUAGGAAUAAUAGCAACGUCUCAUUUCUGGGGAUAUUUGGCAGAUACUCGAGGAAGGAGAAGUGUCCUGGUUUUGUGUAUGAGCCUCGCAUUCCUGUUUGCUUCCUUAGCUGCUUUUUCACCUGAUUGGAUAGUUUUUAGUGUUCUAAAGUUCCUAUCAUCCUGCGCUGUAGCAGGUACAUUUGCAUUGUCGGUGACUCUUCUUAGCGAAUGUACACCUUAUCACAGGCGGUCUAUAAUGGUAGCCCUUACUAGCACCAUAUAUCUGGCUGGCACAGGGAUUAUGGCGGUGCUGUGCAUCCCGGUGUUGCAAAUGAAAUUUAGCUACUACGUGCCAUAUCUCAAUAUAGAAUUUAAUUCAUGGCGUCUUUUAAAUUUAGUAUUUGCUUUUCCGUGUGCGUUGGGAGCUGUUGGGGUCUACUGUUCUUACGAAAGUCCAAGGUUCUUACUGAGUAUUGGGGAAGAGCAAAAAGCUUUGGACGUAUUGAAAGGAAUUUAUAGCGUUAACACUGGAAGAAGCAAAGAUGAUUACGAAGUUUUUUCUCUAGUAUUUGAUGAAGAUACAGGAAAACCUUCAAAUGGAUUUUGGUCCUCCAUAAUGUCACAGACAGUGCCGUUACUGAAGCCCCCACUUCUAAAGGACACUCUGCUUUUGUCUACGUUAUUUAUUGUUGUAUAUUUUGGCAUAAAUCCAUUUUUAACGUGGCUGCCCUACAUCGCAGACGCUGUUAUGAAGUCUAUAGAAAAAGCAGACGAUCAUUUAUCUAUCUGUGAUAUGUUGAGAUCUGCUCAUAAUGAAAGUGUAUCGGAGAAUCAUGACUGUAGUUUAAAUAGUUUUGCAAUGGUGACGGUAUGCGCGAUAAGUAUAAUGAUAGCUGCGCUCAACACUGUUCUUAGUACUGUUAUUAACUACAUUGGAAGGAAGCGUAUGAUGGUCUCUGUACAGCUAAUCACUGGCAUAGCUGGCUUGUGCGUCAGUUUGGUAAGCUCAUGGAUGCUGAGCUCUAUCUUCCUCAUCAUUUUUAUAGCUGGAGUACUCAACUUCGGCUUCAUAUCUACAUUCGCCGUGGAUGUAUUCCCUACUUAUGUCAAAGCAAUGGCGGUGUGCAUAACUCUGAUGGUUGGUCGCGGGAGUUCAGUGUUUGGGAUUAAUAUAUUAAAGCACAUGCUGGUGUAUGAUUGUGAAAACGCUUUUUAUUUUUUCGGCGGUUUAACGUUUGUUGGCGGCCUGAUCGCAUUUUUAUUACCAGUUGUUUUGUGGCCUUUAAAUGAAGUAGUAAGUGAACAUGGCAUGUCUAUGAGAGGCCAUUAUGGAACGCAUGGGGAAAAAGCCCAUGCACAUAGCACAGAGCCGCCAUGUGCAAUAUGUCCACGAAACGGUGUCUGCGUACCGCAUAUACAAUGUCCAGCGCAUGUCCGUUCCACUUCUUAUAACCCACAAUGCCAUUUAGAAGGAAAACGUUUGAUUGGUGUUUGCUGUUUCACUGGAGGAAGGCAUGCGGCGGAAUCUGAUAGUAAGUUCCGCACAUCAGUCAAUGUGGAUGAUGUUAAAGCAGCCCAUGAGCAAUCUCGUAAAAAGUUGUCGCAGUGGUUAGAGCGAGCUGAUACAUUAAGGAAUAACAACUACGCCAUCGUUAACUUUUCUGCUCCAAGUUAUGGCCAUCAUUUGUCCCUUGUAACCUACGAUAAAAGAGCACAAACGUUAGGACGCGGUGGCUUGCUGAAUUUGUUCACAGCUCAAGAACUCAAAGCAAGAGAUGCUAUCUCAGAAAAUGAUCUAAUGUUGGGUUUCACAGAACAUACAGACGGUCCAUUUUGCCCGCCUUUACCAACCUGUCGGCAAUCGUCUCAUAGAUAUAGAAGUGUAGGAGGAGAAUGUAACAAUCAGAAUAACGUCGACUGGGGUGCAGUAAACACCGGCUAUGAGAGAUUGUUGCCACCAGAUUAUAGUGAUGGAAUAUGGGCACUGCGUAAUUCUGCAACUGGUAGAGAUCUACCUAGUGCCCGAGCAGUAAGCAACGUCCUGGUACUUGACGGCCACCAUCCCAGUCAAACUCACAAUUUAAUGUUCAUGCAGUUUGGCCAAUUCAUAGCUCAUGACGUCAGCAUCGGAGUUGUUUUUAAUUUGGGCAAUGGUAGUGCAAUUUCAUGUUGCUCGGGAGAUGGGGAAGAGAUACUUCCAGCAGAAUUUCAACAUUUUGCCUGUGCACCCAUCAUCCUGGACCCAGACGACUCUUUCUACGGACAGUUUAGACAGCGGUGCAUAAACUUUGUAAGGACCCAGCUUGCUCCAGGAAGCGAUUGUUCUGUCGGAUAUGCUAAACAAAUGAAUGGCGCAACACACUACACAGAUUUAUCUCAUCUUUAUGGAAAUUCCGAUGAAAAAUUAGCUGUAUUAAGGGCUCCCGGAGGAUUGUUAGACAUAUUUAAUGAUUAUGGAAGGGAAUUACCUCCGCUGACGGAGAGGAAAGAAUGUUUGAACAUGCACGAUGGGGCUGCUUGCUUUGAAUCGGGAGACAAUCAUGGAAACCAGAUCAUUUCACUAACGGUAUUUCACACUGUAUGGACCAGAGAGCAUAAUAGGGUGGCUCGAGCGCUUUCAAGGCUGAAUCCUAUGUGGGAUGAAGACACGGUCUUUUGGGAAGCGAGAAGAAUAGUCCAGGCAGAAUACCAGCAUAUUAUUUAUAAUGAAUGGCUGCCUUUGCUACUAGGUCAUAAAAUAAUGGAAGCGUUUGAUCUACUGCCGUCUCCUGCUUAUUCUACUGAUUACGACCCUAAUAUGAACCCAUCGUUGACUGCCGAAUAUGCUACCGCCGCCAUGAGGUUCGGGCACUCGAUAGUGGACGGCCAGCUUAAGAUUUUAAGUCCAAAGAACAACGGCGUGUAUGAAUCGAUGUUCAUUCCAGAAGUGAUGUUCCAACCUUCAAGAUUGCGUAUUAAGCCGUUUUUAGAUCGAAUGUUGAUAGGCCUCGCGUGGCAGCCGAUGCAAACUGUUGAUCCAUUUGUUACGGAAGCCCUAUCACGGUAUAUGUUUCAUGGCGGUAACCCCUUUGGAUUAGAUCUCGCUGCCAUCAACAUCCAAAGAGGGAGAGAUUAUGGUGUCCGCUCCUAUAAUGAGUACAGGAAGUUGGUUGGAUUGGAAACAUUUGUUGAUUUUAAUCAGUACGCACCUAGUGCUGCACAAAGGCUAUCCUCAGUGUAUGCACACCCAGACGACAUUGAUCUAUGGGUGGGAGGUCUCUUAGAAGAGUCAGUAGAAGAGGGUGUCGUUGGAGCAACAUUCGCUAACAUCAUAGCUGAUCAGUUUGCGAGAUUGAAGAAAGGCGAUCGGUAUUUUUAUGAAUAUGGACCUGAUAUAAAUUCUGGAGCGUUUACUCCAAGUCAACUAGCUGAAAUUAAGAAAGCCACACUGUCUAGAAUCGUAUGCGAUAAUAAUGAUGGGAUCGAAUUAUUUACUCAACCACCGAACGCGUUUCUUCGAUCUGACUUACCAGGGAACGAACCAGUGCAAUGUGAUAGUCCACUUAUACCAAAUGUUGAUCUCAGCAGAUUUAGGCAGAUG